AUUUGAUGUAAGGAAAGCAUAAUUUUAUAUUUUCAUUGGACGGAGAGUAAAAAUCAUUCUUUGUUUCAAAUUUGGAUGUCUCAUCUUUUUGUCGUUUAAUACGUUCAGCAUUUUAAGUUGAUAAGAGCAUAACAGCACUACAAGAUGCGUAAGGUAAAUGUAAUAAUAUGAUAGGAAAUAUUUGUGAUUUGCAUUAUUUCUGUAAUAAUCUACAUGCUCAUAAGGAUAAAUUUUAUAUAAUCUUAACAGAAUAAAGGAAAAUGGAUAGAUAAAGUAGAAAGUCUCAUAAAAGUAAGAAUUCGAGAGUAUAAACAACAAAUGAAGAACCUUGUUAUUUUGUCGAUUUUAUAGCAUUCUUACAAGAAAUUCAAUAAAUACGAUUUAGGUAGGAAUGAUAAAUUAUCUAGUCCUUAACAUCCAGUUUUAACAAUAGUGCUUGUAUUUGAUAAUGAAUAUUAAGCUGGUCUUUUUGGUUAACCUAUAGUGAUGAGAAUUUAUAAAGCAUUUGGAUUUCUCUAAGCUUAUUACACAGUUGUGGAAGAAGAGGAAACAGAUUCAUUGUUAUUAACGGUUUUUGAAAAUUAAAUUCUUAAACAUGAAAUGGAAAUGAAGAUUAAUCAUUCAAUAGCUGAAGAUGUAUGUUAUUAGAUUGAGCAAUUAUUAUGUGAAGAAGAAGAACCUGAACCUGUUUUAUAGGGUAGUUUUGCUACUCCAAAUAGUAAUACAGCAAAUAAUAAUAUUCCAUUGAUUGUUACUAGAGGAAAUGAAAAAUAGAUUUUAUAAGUCGAAGCUAAUGAUAAUUUCCAUUCUAGUCAAGGCAAAAGAACACAUGGGUAGUAUAAUUUGUGUUAAUAAGUGUAAUGAGGGUAAAAAAGGCUGUAGACAAAUUUAGAAAUCGAUUUGAAUCCAGAGAAUAUGAAUACCUUUUAGGAUUAAUUAUAGGCUAAGAUUAAUCAGUCUUUGCUGCAUAUCAAUUAUUUCAAAAAUAACAAGAUGAUGAAAAUUUCAUUAGAAAUCUUAAAUUACUCUUACCUUAAGAUGAUAAUAACAAUCUUUCAUUGUAAAAAUGUAAUCGUUUGUUUAAUAGUUAAAACAAUCUAAAAUUCAUAACCAGUCCUAGUCGUAGUGAUUUUCAUCAAUCAGUCAAUUUCCCUUAUGAUUGUAAUCCAACUCCAGGUCUAAGAUCAUCUGUCACUAUUAUUGAUUAAUUACUUAACUCUGGAGAUUUAGAUUCUAUUGAAUCUGGAAUGUUGAGAGAUUUAAGAAUGGAUAAUGAUUUAGAUGAAUUAGUCAAAUCUCUUAUCGAUUAUCCAUAAGAUGUAUAAUAAUAACAUACUAUUUUAAUAAGGUUUUACUCUAAAUUGUUAGACAAUAUUUAUAAAGUCAAUUUCAAUAAGAAAUCACCAAAAAUUUCAAUUCUCAUUAAAUUGAGUACUUUCUAUCUGAAUAUUCUAAUAAAUAAAAUCCUAUUUAUGAAGGUUUUCAAAGAUUUGCAUAAACUGGUUAAUUAUAAGAUUUAUUUUUGCUAUUGAAAGACAAUGUUGGAUAAUUAGAAUAAUAAUUGAGAGAAGAAAACAGCUAUUCAUAUUAUUUAAUGCAUAAAAGAAGAAAAGAUAGUCAUGAUGAAAAAUUUCAUUUCCAUUUGAAUUUACCUGAAACCAAUUAAAAAGAAGAACGUAAGUUAAGUGUGGAUUCCUAAUUAUUAGAAAAUAAGAAAGAAAUUAAUUUUAUUGAUAAAUAUCAUGUUAAAGUAUUAUAAAAAUACAGUAAUGAAGAUUAUGAGAAACUCUUUAUGACUGUUUAUGAUUAAUGUAGUAAAUUUUGUGAUGAACAUGAAAAAGCUAAAUUACAUAGAUUCUAUACAGCUUAAAAUUAAAGAUUAUUAGAAAUACUAGAUAAAUAUGGAUAAAGAUAUGAUAUAGAUUCAAUUAAAUCGGAUAUUAAUGAUUUAUUGACUUUGUAAAAUAAAAAAAUUGAUGAUAUUCCUUCACCUACUCAUGGUGCUGUAAUUGAACCAAAAAUGCAUAAAUAUUAAAAUUUCAAAUUUAUCAUUAAUUUUUUAUAUGAAAUCGAUAAAGUCAUUACUUUAAGAUAAGCAAAAGCUUUUUAUUAUUUAUAUUCAAUUGAAGAUAUGUCUGUUAUGGCAGCUUAUGAAGUAUAUUGUGAAACCAAAGAAUAAGAUGAGUUUUUAAAUACUUUAAAUCUUAUAUUUAAGGUAUAUUCAUCCUCAGCUAGAUUUGAUUUUAAUGAAAUUGAACAAUUCGAUAGUUUAAUUGAAUAAUAAUUGACUAUUCUAUUUGCCUAUAGAAGAUGUCUGAAUUAGGAAUAAAGAUUAGCUUUGGAAUAAGUAAAAAAUCAAAUAAUAUACUUAGAAUCUGAUAUCAUGUGAUAAUACUUUAUUGAAACUCUUUAGAGAUUUUCUUAGAUAGAGAGAUUAAAGAGUAUUCAUUUAAAAACUAUCAGAUUUUGCAAAUAGUCAAAUUGAAAAGCAGAAAGACAAUUAGUCAAUGGAUCCCUAUAUGAAAAAAAUUGAUCAAAAUAAUUAACAUAAGGAUUUAAUAAAAGAUAUUUGUGCAAAAUUUUUGAAAUCUAAGAUAAAACAAAUUGAUUUAUUGAUGGAUGCAAUAGAUAAAGAUAAUAUUAUGAUAAAAUCUUCAUUAGAAGUUUAUGAUUUUAAUUUAGAUAAGUAGGAUUUAGUAGAAAAUAUAUAGCUAAUAUACAAUUACAUUUUGAAAUCAAAUGUAAAGAGCAUAUUGAAAGCAAAUUUAAUAGAAUUGGGAAGAUCAAAAACAGAUGUAAAGAAAUAAUAAUAAUUGAUUAAUAGUUAACAUAUUUACUAAGAAACAUUAAUCAAGAUGAGCCAAUUUUGAAGGGAGCAUUUGAGUUAUAUUUCUAAACGAAGGAUGAAGCAGAACUAAAGGAUACUAUUAGUCGAAUACUGAAAUUUAGCAAUAUAUGAUAAUUAUUAUU